GUAGUUUGAUGUAUAUUUUGUCAUCUCUCAAGUUCAGCCUCAUCUAACACUUCAGCUGCCUACCUCUUCAGUCCGGUGCACACGCACAUCUUACCACGCUUCACUCAAGGCUAGUCCGAACCUACCUCGCCGGAAUAGAAGACGGCUGUUCUAAAAUGUCCAAUUCUAUUAUAUCUUACUAGUACCCGUGGAAAAUCGGCUGACCGCCAAACAAAUUUGCCAUAUCAACAUGUCUGCGGAUCUCUUCGCCGCCUUCGAGGACGCCUCCCGAUCGCCUCCUCCAUCACAGGGCCAGCCUUCGAAGGCGCUCCCCAAGCCGUCCCCCUUUUCCGCCGAUCCCUUUUCCCUUGAGGGCAACAAUAAUACAAACUUUCGUUCCCACAUUCAUCCUCAAGAACUCCCCAUUCACCAACAAUGGGGCGAUGAUUCCCAUGCAAGCUCCCAAAGCGGUCAGCAGCCAAAUACACAGCAGUGGUCGAGUGGAAGAGGAUGGGUAGGAACCCCGAGCAACGCCACACCCCCGUGGCCUUUCUCUUCGUUUAAUCAAGGCGUGGACGAGGAGGAGGAAGAUGGUUGGGGUGACUUUGAAGUUGCACCCAGCGCAAAGCAGGUGUUCACAUCUACAAUACCAACAACAAUUAACCCACAACCAGCGACUGCCGUGGACCCGCAGAACCCGUCGUUGGGACGAACGAGGAUUGUGCGGGCGCCGACAAUAGAUCUCCUGACAAACAAUCUACUCGACCUAGGGAAUUCGCCUACCUUGGAGAAUAGGGAGAGGAAGCCACUACAGACGCAAAGACCUCUGGCGCAGUUCAAGAUACCCACCCCCAACAUCACUUCUGAAAAAACGUCAAAACGCACUCCGAGUACAAACCCCAACGUCCUUUUCGACGCGGACGACUUCGGGGGAGAGCAAGGAGGGAUUGAUGAUGACGAUUUCGGAGAAUUCGAGACAGUGGCCUCCCCAGUGCAGGUGGCUUCGGCUGUUUUAGUAACGCUGGACUCCCAAUCCCCUCCGAAGGGGAGCUCUUCGAAGGUCGCCGAGACCCGUGCCUCUCAGAUGCUCUCGGGGUUGAAUCUAAGUGAACCGAACCCUUACCCAAAAGCACCCCGAUCUCCGUCAUUCCAAGACAGGAACCCUUUUCCCGGAUUAGGUGUCGCCCCGCCUGAAAAGAAAGACAAGCAGCAAGUCAUAAAGAAAUCAGCCGCAUCGCCGCAGACCGCGUGGCCUUCUAUCGAUGACGUAAAAUCUAGUAGGAGUGACGGGGCCGGUGACGACUGGGGCCCGUUCGACGAUUUUCUUGAUGAGCAGACUGAGUCUGGACCAAGUAACCCCGAUUCGAAUUGGGAUUGGGACUCGUCACAGCUGGCUCAACGAAAAGAAAAAAAACCUCGGCCGCCAGCAGGAACAGGGCCAGAGCCCCAUGAUCCUUCGUGGGAAUGGGACCUAGUUGACCCUAAAGCGGGAAUGGAUAUCGGUCAGCUAAAAGGAGACUUACCACCUAUCAACAUCCCCCCUCCUUCCGUCCUACUAUCCUUGUUCCCCCAGCUAUUCGAACAAGCAAACAUCAAAUUGUAUAAACCUGUUAGUGGACAGCCUUUCUCCAUAAAAAACCGCAUCCUGUCAGAUCCAAAGACCAUUGAAUAUCUCAAGGGGUACCUAGCCUUGUCGACGGUUGCGGCCCAUAUCAUCGCUGGGCGAAAGCUGAGAUGGCACAGAGACAAAUUUCUCUCGAAAGCAAUGUCUAUAUCGGCUGCAGGGAGUAAGGGGAUGAAGCUUGCUGGUGUGGACAAGGCGCAAGCUGCCCGUGAAGAUCGAGAGGCCGUUGACGUUGUGACUAGUUGGAGAGAACACGUAGGUCGUCUUCGAUCCGCAGUUGCUGCUGCGAACUCUUCAAUCAAGAACAAUGCGGAGCAGCUCGUGAUCCCCGAGAUCUCUGGAUCAAUGCAGAUACAAACCGAGAAGAUGGCACCAACUGCGUCUAAAGCAUGCAUUGUGUGCGGCCUAAAACGCAACGAGAGGGUGUCUAAGGUAGACUCCCAGGUCGAGGACAGCUUUGGCGAAUGGUGGGUCGAUCAUUGGGGGCACCUAACCUGCAAGAGAUUUUGGCUACAACAUGAGAGCGCCCUGCCGCAGCGGUGAAUUUUGUGAGCCAACGGCCUCUGAGCAGUCGCCUAUCAAGACAAGAAUUGUGGCUGUUUACCAGGCCUUGAAGGGCCAUCAGAUGGGGUUUGACCAUUCCAUCAAGGUAGUCGAUGCCAAGUUUGGUUACACUAGCUGAGCGUCGGAAACGUGGUCGGUCUUGAGGCAUCCUCGACGUGCCAUGAGAUAUAUCAUUGGCCUUGCCCGUUGCCCCCCUGUGCCUUGUCAGAAUGCGGAUGG